UCUUAAAGAGACAGCGACGCGCUUUAACACGACGUGGCGGAGAAUUAAAAAUAAAUACAAAUACCGAGAUAACGUGAUCGUUUACGUGCUACAGAAUUAUAAUUUACAAGCGCGUUUCAUACGGAGAAGACAGGCAGCAGUGGCGGACACUCUUACGUGUGUGUGUUUGUUUUUUUAGUGAAAGCCUCUUGGUUACACUUGGAAAGUAGUUGUUUGCCGACUUAGUGUUUUCCUGAUUUUUUGGGGGAUGUUGUGAGCUUCCUGUUGCGAGCGGGUCUGCGCUAAACGAGAAUAAAAACAAGAGGGAGACGAGAAAACGCAGCGAGCGCCGCAGCAGGGCGGGUUAAGAAAACUCAAACGACGCUUUCAUGAGGAAAACACGUUGUAACAACUGUGUGGGGAGAGUUACAAAACUAACAACAUUUUAAAACUCCGAUCAUUUCAUAACUACAUAAAGAAAUCAACACUACGAUCUUCAAGUCGACUGAACGCGCUAUUAACUAGAGCACACCUGAGUAUUGUCAUUUCAUUAAUAAUAAUAAUAAUAAUAAUAAUAAUAAUAAUAACAGCAGCAGCGGAGACGGCAGGGCGCUGUCUGUAUCCGGAGCGGGAUACAGUGUAACGGUUCUUCCGCGGAUCCCUUCCUACCGGGUCCAGCCUGCAGACUGCCGUGCAAGCGCGCUGCGUGCGGCUCCCCAAGCGCUUGCAUGACUCGCUAGACGAGCUCCGACUGUGGGAAUAAAGCCAGCCCGCCCGCCCGCAGGACACCAUGGGUCCUGGGAUGUGCUCCCGCCGGCAGAAAGGUCUGCUGCAGACGGGUCUGUGUCUGCUCACCCUCGCCAGCCUGUGCGGAGGACUGUACCUCUACAGCGGCCUGCAGGACAGGGUGAAGUCGUUCGAGUCGCUGUCUGUGAAAUACAAACAGCAGCAGGACGCGCUUUCUGCACAACUGCAGGUUGUGUAUGAACACCGAUCGAGGCUGGAGCGCUCGCUACAGAAAGAGAGAGGAGAGCACAAGAAGAGCAAAGAAGAUUUCCUGGUGUACAAACUAGAAGCACAAGAGGCUUUGAACAAAGAGAAGCAGGACUCUAUGAACCGCUACAGUGCACUCAGCUCACAGCACAGGAUAGUCAAGAACCAGCUGGAUGACGUCCGGACCCAGCUGCAGGCUCUGCACUCCCAGCACAGUGAGCUGCGUCUCAGCCAGCGACGCGCGCAGGAGGAGAGCAGCCAGCGGGAGGCGCUGCAGCGCAAGGAGCAUGAGAACGAGGUCAGCGGCCUGCAAGACACGAUUCUGAAGCUGAAGGAAGAGAGCAAGCUGCUGAGGAAGGCGCACCAGGACGUCCACUCCCAGCUGCUCAGCGCUCAGGCACAAGUGCAGGAGUUCCGGCAGCUCAAGGAGGCCCUGCACAGAAUCCCCAGCUUCAACCCCCCGCAGGCACUGGCAGGGCAGCUAAGGGGUCCUCGGGACAGCCAGCCGCAGGCCCCCAAUCAGAAGAGUCCUACACACUCCGAUCCGCUACCUGAAAUCCAGAAUCCGGGAGGGACCAGGAACAAGGACACGCCCACUGUGAACAAGGACAGCCCUCCGAUUGGCCAGCAGGAGGAGCAGGGGCGGGACCAGAACUCUGUGAGCCGAGGAGGCGGGGCGGCCCGAUUCACACGCACCGUCAACAGCCUCCCGGAUCAGAAGAAGGUUACAGUCCCAGCCAGCCAGUCAGAAACGAAGACACCGGCAGCUCAAGCUGAUAGGCUGACUGGGGACCAGGCAGCCAAUAGGAAGAGCACCUUUGCAGUUUCCAUGGAGAAGAAGGUGGGGAUUGAGGCGGGGGAUGAGCGAGCUGCAGUGGAGAGCUGGGAGAGCAUCAUCAGGAAAGUGAAUUCUAACAGCUGGCAGGACAGGAGCUUCCUGGGCUCCAAUCGGAAGGCAGGAUCGGAACACCUGCAGGAGGCCAAUCACAGUGAGGAUGUGAAAGAGGGGCCGGACCAGGAGGAGGAGCUUGAGACAGAUGCAGAGCUGGACGGCAGAGAGGAGCUACAACAGGGGAGGGGCCUUGUAGCCCAGGAGCCAAUGAUGCCUGAUGUGGAGGCAGACCCAGCUCAGGACCCCAACAACCAGGGUGAGGACGAGUUCGAGGAGGCGGAGAUAGAACACCCAGCAUUCGAGGAGGCGGGGCUUGCUAAGGGAGGCCCCGCCCAUGACAAGGUCAGAGAGCCGGGGCUGUUCAUCAAAGAGGAGCUGAGACAGAAUCCCAGCCUGGAUGAUCCUCCUGUUGCCCCCGACGACGGACAGGAAGCUGCAGAGGAGUACGAGGAGGACCAGGAGAACGAGAAUGUAAUCAAUCAAUCAGACGACGUCGGGGGGGAAGUGGAUGAGAACGAGGAUCUGGAGCUCGUGCAGGACGAGGGGAAUGGAGAGAACGUGGCGGGAAGGAAUAGAGAGAAGGAGCAGUACUGAUGAGAGAGAGAGAGAGAGAGAGAGAGAGAGAGAGAGAGAGAGCCUCACGCUGUAGCACUCCCCACAGCAACACUACAGCUCUCCCAGUCCCUCUGCUCUAACCACUAGAUCACACGGCCCCCGAGUCAGUGCAGCGCCUUCGUGUAUGUCUGUGUUCUGAGUCCCCGCCUCUGUAUAGAGCUCUGAGUCCCCGCCUCUGUAUAGAGCUCUGAGUCCCCGCCUCUGUAUAGAGCUCUGAGUCCCCGCCUCUGUAUAGAGCUCUGAGUCCCCGCCUCUGUAUAGAGCUCUGAGUCCCCGCCUCUCUCGAGAGCUCUGAGUCCCCGCCUCUGUAUAGAGCUCUGAGUCCCCGCCUCUGUAUAGAGCUCUGAGUCCCCGCCUCUGUAUAGAGCUCUGAGUCCCCGCCUCUGUAUAGAGCUCUGAGUCCCCACCUCUGUAUAGAGCUCUGAGUCCCCGCCUCUGUAUAGAGCUCUGAGUCCCCGCCUCUGUAUAGAGCUCUGAGUCCCCGCCUCUCUAUAGAGCUCUGAGUCCCCGCCUCUGUAUAGAUCUCUGAGUCCCCGCCUCUGUAUAGAGCUCUGAGUCCCCGCCUCUCUAUAGAGCUCUGAGUCCCCGCCUCUGUAUAGAGCUCUGAGUCCCCGCCUCUGUAUAGAGCUCUGAGUCCCCACCUCUGUAUAGAGCUCUGAGUCCCCGCCUCUGUAUAGAGCUCUGAGUCCCCGCCUCUGUAUAGAGCUCUGAGUCCCCGCCUCUCUAUAGAGCUCUGAGUCCCCGCCUCUGUAUAGAUCUCUGAGUCCCCGCCUCUGUAUAGAGCUCUGAGUCCCCGCCUCUCUAUAGAUCUCUGGAUUGGUCUCUGGUUCAGUGUCUCUCUAUAGAUCUCUGGAUUGGUCUCUGGUUCAGUGUCUCUCUAUAGAUCUCUGGAUUGGUCUCUGGUUCAGUGUCUCUCUAUAGAUCUCUGGAUUGGUCUCUGGUUCAGUGUCUCUCUAUAGAUCUCUGGAUUGGUCUCUGGUUCAGUGUCUCUCUAUAGAUCUCUGGAUUGGUCUCUGGUUCAGUGUCUCUCUAUAGAUCUCUGGAUUGGUCUCUGAUGCUCCGAGUCCGGCUCACCCUGACGUUUCUAUCCACCUUGAGUGAAACAAUAGUUUGUUUUUAUAAAGAAAUCUGCCCUUGGUGUGCCUUUGAGAAACAGAGAGAGAGAGACGCAGACACCCCCCCCCCCCCCCCCCCCCCUCUCUGAAACUAUUCUGGGCUGGCAACGCGUUCAUUAACCCAUGACGUGCCAGUUUCCUGUGCUUCAUAGAAAAUGUAUUUGCAAUCUCUCCCUCCCUCCCUCUCUAUCAAUCUCUCCCUCUCUAUCAAUCUCUCCCUCUCUCUCUCUCAAUCUCUCCCUCUCUCUCUCUCUGCCUCUAUCAAUCUCUCUCUCCCUCUAU